AUGGACCGGCCGAAGGAGACGCUUCAAGGCGCAGGUGGCCCCGGCGAGAAUUAUACCAAACCUACAAGUGACCUGAGCAUCGCUUCUCGCGUCGAGAAUUACGAGGAUUCUGAUUGCGAUGAUGGUGAUACCACGGUGAAAAAAACCCAAUCGCACUCGCCUGUUCCAAUUCCAUCGAUCAUAACUGGCAAGCAGUCAAAUAUGAUGUCAAAAAUGAUUCAUUUGUUCGACGAUGAUCUGAAUAAUCCAAUUUUCUUGGCGGAAGUGCAACUCGGCUACAGCGCAAAAUAUCCUCUGUUUCUUAAGCCUGGUAUCAUUCUCUACGAUGGUACCAGCAAAAAAGACCUCAUCAAGAGUGAUAUCUGGCUGCCCCGGCUUGUUCCUAAGCGAGGCUCCCUGCCCUUGACUGCAGGAACCAUGCACGCACAUACACUUCCUGACGGCACGGUGGCGUUUACUUUCUCUGUUAACAUUGAGAUACAUCGCGAGGGAAAGUUUCCUCGCGAAACAUUUGAAUGGAGAAAGGUCAAAAAUCAUGAAGGAGGAGACGGGAUUAUCGGCACCUUUAACCUCGUAUGGCUCCGGUCUGCUUCUCGAAACGAUACCACAAACGGUGGUGGCAGCCAAAGGUCCAGAGACGAAAGUAUCGUGGCUUCACUAAGUUAUGUGAGUGCUCAGACGUCCUCGUUGUAUUGA